CGCCGAGAGGCUGGGAGAGGCCUUCGACUCCCAGCUGGUGAUCGGAGUGCGAGAGUCCUACGUGAACCUGUGCUCCAACCCGGACGACAAGCUGCAGAUCUACAGGGACAACUUCGAGAAGGCAUACAUGGAUUCUACUGAGAGGUUUUACAGAACACAGGCGCCCGCCUACCUCCAGCAGAACGGGGUCCAAAACUACAUGAAAUAUGCUGAUUCCAAGCUGAGGGAAGAGGAGAAGCGUGCGCUGCGAUACCUGGAGACGAGGCGCGACUGUAACUCUGUACAAGCAUUAAUGGAGUGUUGCGUCAAUGCACUGGUUACAUCCUUCAAGGAGACGAUCUUAGCCGAGUGUCCCGGCAUGAUCAAACGGAAUGAGACAGAGAGUGAGUACGGCCGGACGGCUCCCACCAAAGGCACAGCCAGCUCAGGUUUGCACCAGGAUGUAGCCCUGACCAAACCUUCUGUCCAGCGUCCGAACGUCUGUAGAACAUCGUGUGUUGUUGCCGCUGCUUCUCUUAAAUCAAUGUGUGCUGAUGCACUGAAG